CCCCCCUCCCUCUCCUCCCUCUCCUCCCCGCCGCCAUGAGGAAGAAGCCGAGGUUCCAUUCCUUGAAGAAACUCAAAAUCAGACAGGACUGGUCCCGCUGGACCCUCUACAACCUCUCACGUCUCAAUCCUCCGAAUCUCGCUACCAAGACCUACUUCCAGCAGAAAUGGACGGCCAAAUCCGACACGCGCGCCUACCACGGCGAGCAGAUCCGUGAGAAGCAGUGGAAGCGCAUGUUCCGGCGCAACCUGCCCGCCGUCGUGCCCAUGGACCACAAGUAUCUGGCUCGAUACGAUGGCUCUGAGCAGGCCGCUGGCCGGGGCGCCGGAGCCGACGCCAUGGAGAAGACCAAGACCCCGCCCAUGACUCCGUAUAUGCAGAUGACGUACUACCCAGUGGAAAGGAGGCUGGAUACUGCCGUUUUCAGGGCGCUGUUUGCGAGCAGCGUGCGUCAGGCACGGCAAUUCGUCGUCCAUGGCCUGGUCAAGGUCAAUGGGAAGAAGAUGAUCUACCCUGGAUACAUGCUCAACCCCGGCGACAUGUUCCAAGUCGUCCCCGAAUCCGUCAUGAUGGCAACCGGUGCCCAGAAAACUCGCUCUUCCGUCGCCCGCCGCAUCGCCAAAGAAAAAGGCACCGCCUACGCUGAAAGCCGGAAGGGCCAGGGUCGCAGCAAGACGGCCUCCGUCAAAGUGCCCCUUCUUGCCGAUGCUCUCGCAAGCACGCCAGAGGCUCAAACCCCCGUAGCUGAAGAGAAGGAGCCUUCCCCUGAAGAACUGAAGAAACAUCUCCAGACACUAAUGGACAACGUCGAGGGCGUCCUUGCCGAAGAAGUGAAAGCAAAAGACAAGCAGAAACUCCGAGAAUUCAAGCAGACAGUCCGCAAAGCCAUUUCCCUCUGGCGCACAUCGACUCCCUCGCAGAUCUCGACACUCGACUCCCAAUUCUCCUUUCUGAAGUCCCACCUCACAAGCAGCAAAUCAGCUCAAUCCGACUCUGCAUCUGGCCCCGAGGUGCGACUAACACGCGAAGAGGAACUUAAGUUAUCCAGGGCUUUUGAUAGGCUAAAGGAACAAGCCGAAUUCGAUGCGAAUUGGAAUAAACGCGAUCCUUCGAAGCCAUACCUGACGCCCUGGCGGCCGAGGGAUUACAUGUCUGCCUUCGCAUUCAUACCACGAUAUCUGGAGGUCAAUCAGAAUAUAUGCGCUGCUGUCUAUUUGAGACAUCCUGUCGCUAGGCCUGGCUUAGCGGAGGUCCCGACGCCGUUUCCGCUUGAGACAGGGCAGUUGGCGUUCAACUGGUACUUGAGGAGGCGGUAGACCACGUAUUUGUAUCAUAGACAUGUAGCAUAUUUGUGGGUAUGUGCAAUAUCAUCGACAAUCUCAAGAGCGUUUGGGAAGCUGUCUGGUUGACAACCCUGUUG